AUGUAAAAUAGUGACCCCACUAUCCUCAUAGACUUCAAUACUCCCUUUGACGAGAGCAAACUCAGAAUGCUCGACCAAGUUGUCGACGUCAUGUAUAACGGCAAACCAAAUGAUAGAGUUGUAGCCAACAAUAUUCUAAACCAGUUCAAAGAGCACCCAGAUGCUUGGAUCAAUGUAGACAAGAUUCUAGAUAACACCAAGAAUCCCAACACCAAGUUCUAUGCUUUGCAAAUUCUCGAUGAUGCUGUUAAUACUCGCUGGAAAAUUCUUCCAGAAGAUUAGAAACAGGGAAUUAGAGGUUUCAUCAUACAGCUUGUGCUCAACCUAUCUCAGGACGAACAAAUUGCUCAGUAAAAUUAGCACUUAUUAACCAAACUCAACGCUACACUUAUCUCAAUAGUGAAGCAUGAAUGGACAACUUCAUGGCAGAACUUUAUUCCCGAUAUUUGCUCAAAUGCGAAGGAAAAUCAAUCAAGAUGUGAAAAUGCUUUAAGCAUCUUGAAAUUACUCUCUGAGGAGGUCUUUGAUUUCAGUAAAAAUGCUUUACUUAAAUCUCAAGCCAAACAGCUCAAAGACUCAAUGACCAACGACUUUGCCACUAUUUUUGAGUUGUGUAUGUGGGUACUCUAAUUAGCAAUCACAGACCCUCAAAACAUCAAACCAUCUCUAGUUAGAUCUUGCCUUAAAACUUUCCAAGCAUUUUUAUCCUGGAUUCCUCUUGCUUAUAUCUUUGAUACAGAUUUGAUCCCGCUUAUUAUAAACAACUUCUUAGGACCUGCCUCUUCAAGAAUUGAAGCAAUCAGAUGUUUUACAGAAAUCGCUAGUUUACAAUUAGAUGACUCUGAUGAGGCUGAAAAGAGAAGUUGCAAAGAAAAAAUUUGCAUGUAUUUCUGCUUGUUCAUUCAAAAAAUUACUGAAAUCACAAAAAACAGAUCGCUAGUAGAUGAGUUUAAGACUCUUCAAGGAUCUAAAAAUCAAACUGGUUUUGAGAACUUUGUGAAACAACUUGCCUUGUCAAUUUCAGCUGUGCUUAAAAAUAAUAUCGAUUUAAUCGAGGAGACCACAAAUGUAUCAAGCCCUAAUCCAAACAUUCAAUUCCUCCAAUAAUGCAUUUAAAAGUCAUUAGAAUUCUUAGUUUAACUUUCCAACAUUCCUGAAGAUGAGUUGUUCAAGAUAUGCCUCGACUUUUGGCAUUUCUUCUGCUAUAAUAUCAUGAUCAAAAUCAAUGGAGAUCAGUACUUCAACCAAGGGAACAAUUUCAAUCCAUAAGGAUUUGGAAAUGGAUUGAAUUUGAACUCCCUAUUAAAAAAUUCAUUCAUGCACUAUCAAGUAUAUCCAGCAAUCCUCGAGGAUGUUAGAAUGAUAGCUAUUGAUUCAAUGGCAAAGCCAAAAGAAGUCCUGGUUGUUGUAGAUGAGAAUGGAGAAGCUGUAGAAGAAGUAUUUGAUGAUACUGAAACUAUCAGUAUCUAUGAGACAAUGAGAGAAAUGCUUAUUUAUUUAACCAAUAUUGACACUCCAGCUAUGGACAGAGUAAUCUAAAGAAGAUUAGAUAUGCUGACUGCAACCACCGAUAGGACAUUCUUCACCUUCGAUAGACUAAAUAAACUCUGUUGGGCUCUUGGCUCUAUCUCCGGAUGCAUGUCUCAAGAAGACGAAAAUAAAUUUGUAGUUUCAGUCAUCAAAGAGUUACUAAACCUGUGUGAGAAAACUCAUGGAAAAUCUAAUAAAGCCUUAGUUGCUGCUGACAUCAUGUAUGUCGUCGGAUAAUUCCCUAGAUUCCUUUGCUCUCAUUGGGCAUUUUUAAAGACUGUCAUCAGAAAACUCAAUGAAUUUAUGCAUGAGAAACAUCCAGGAGUCUAAGAUAUGGCAUCUGAAACAUUCCUCAAAAUUUCUAAGUAAACCAAGCAUAUGUUUGUUCAACGCCACGAUGCAGAUAAAGAUCCAUAUGUCAAUGAACUGAUCAGAUAAAUCCCAGAAAAUCUUAAGGACCUUGAGCAACAUCAAAAGCUUAUGGUAUACGAGGGUAUUGGCUAUAUGAUCUCAUAGGAAUAGAUGCCAAUUAUUUAAGAGAAAAUAUUGAACAAUUGUCUUUAGUUCGUUCACUUUGACUGGGAAAAGAUUCUCUAACUUGCAAAUCAAUCUUCUGAUCAGCUUCUGAUACCAGAAGUAUUGAAAUCUAUUGAUUUCAUUAUUAAGGUAAAUACCAAAGUUGCUGAAGCUGUUGGAUUUAUUUAUCUUAGCUACCUAAGGAGAAUAUUCAACGAUCUUCUCAAAAUGUAUGGACUUUAUUCACAUUGCAUCAGCAAUUCAGUUAAAUUCAGAUAAAAUGAACAUAUGAUCAAGCCUAUGAAAACAGUCAGAAGAGAUAUUUUAAAACUCAUACAAACUUACAUUAAAAGUUCUAAUGACUUAAGCACCUUCAAUCAAGAGUUUCUCCCAACUCUUCAGGGACUUGUUGAGGACUACUAGUAAAAUGAUCCAAACGCUAGAGAUCCUGAGGUUCUGCUUCUCUUUGCAACAAUGAUUCAGAAACUUGGAGAAUAUAUCAGUGGGUUCUUGCAACAAAUUCUUUUCAAUCUUUGUGAGACUACUCUAGCUAUGAUUAAGGAUGAUUACAUUUCAUAUCCAGAGUUCAGAGAAGGGUUAUUCAAGCUAGUUGAGAAUAUUGUGAAGUAUUGCACAGGGGGAUUAUUCCAGCUCUAGGCUGAUAAGUUCCACACUAUCAUUCUGACAAUAAUGUUCGCAAUGAAACAUGAAAAACCUGAACUUAUGGAAAUUGGUCUUGAAGCAAUGUAUGCUUUGAAUGGCUUAGUCGUGCAAGAACCAUAGAUUGCCUCAAUCUUUUACUAAAACUUCUAUGUCCUCAUAAUUCGCGACACAAUGACAGUUAUGACAGACUACAGACAUAUGAGUGGCUUCAAGAUUCAAGGCUAAAUUAUUCAAUAGCUAAUUUAGGUAGCUGAGAACCCCUCAGGAAUGUUUGCACCUAUCAACUCAGAUAAUGGGCAGCAACAUCAGUAUGGAUCAAACAAAGAAUUUGUCGUGAACCUAUUAAUUGAUUGCAUCAGAUCCCUUUUCCCUAACUUAAACAAAAUUCAAAUUGAGGCCUUCGUUUUGAAUUUGUUUAAUAACUCGACUGACUGGCACAUGUUCAAGAGCACUCUAAGAGAUUUAUUAAUCUCGAUGAAGAGUUUUGCAAGCAAUGACGAUGAUUUCUAUGUUGAAGAGAAAAAAGCUGCUUUAGAAGAAGCUCAACAAAAAGAAUUGGAAAGGAGAAGAGCUAUCCCUGGACUUAUUACCCCAAGUGAAUAGUUACAAUAGUGA